CCUCCCUCAAACACCUAAACCUUGCCUUCUGAAACCUAGAAUUUGGCGGGACCAUUCCAUCAUUAGAAGCCCAAAAGCCGCUGCUCACGAUCACCGGAACCCUCUGUUACUGAGCUUCUCGCGAUAAAAGCGCCCUAUCACUGAAAUAUCCGCGAUGUCAGUCACUCCCUUCCCGAAGCACAGCACCCAGGAACAUGACGACAACCUUGCCGAAGAAGGGACAGCUCAUAGGAGGAACUCUUCAGGGAAAGGAGGAAAGAGUACAGCACAAGAUUGGCUCGCAUGUGUCGCCGAUGAAAUCCUGAUGCCAGAAGACCCCUUCAGCCAACCGCGACGAGUCGACUCGAAAGGCAGAUGGGCGCGUCCGAUCGCCUCUACCGCAUCCUGGCGCCCUGGCUGGCAGAACAAGCCACCCCCGAACGCACACCGGCCGGCACUACCGUAUGAACCCUGGUGGGAGCAACACACACCGCUGGCGAAACUGUAUCGCACGAUGCUGAUCGCAUAUUGUUCGGAGAAGCAGUUUGCUGGAUUGUGGAUUACGACUGGAGUGUUGCCUGCGGGAUGGAGUGAGGACGUAUUGAAGGCGGGGUCUGCUGGGGAGAACAACGAUGGGUGGCGGCAACCGGGGGUGGAUGUGGAUAAGAGGACGCCGACUGUGCGGUUUAUAGAUGUCGCUCGAAGCAGCAGCGCGGCAAAGCAUACUGGAAACAUUACGCAGCAAGGUGACGGGGGACCAUCACCGAGCCGUUCGGAACGGCACCAGGCACCUCUGAACAACCUUCUGGUCAACAAACCGGCCGACCCACUAUAUCUGGAGCAAAUCAAUCUCGGCAGCUCGCACACGUGGACGCACGCAGACCGAUAUCUCGCGGCCUCGGUCUGGAUCCAGCCAUCAAAAAACGUUGCGCCACAACAAAUGGGAUUAGGGAUCGCUGCACCGGCCGAUUGUGCGGUUUUGGGAUGUAAUAUUGCGGAGGCGGCGGCAAUCAUGGCGUGGAUCGUUGCCGGCAUGAAUUUCGAGAAUAGUCAGCAAGACCGCCGAUGGUGUUUGGAGUUUACGCUGGGGUACAACAAGCUGAAUGGGUUGCCGCCAAGGUCCCUGUGAAAGCAAUGCGGAAAGAAAGGAAUAUUAUGCAGAAUACCUUCUACCUAAAGGGCCGGGAUGUGAGCGGGCAUCAUUUUCCGAUAU